GCUUUCUUUUCAUCAGCUGGUUUUCUGUUCCUUAAAAUCAAUUUUCUGUAGUCGACAAAAAUAUCCCUACCUGUUAUGAAUGGCCCGACAAGAAUGAUAAUCAUAUUCUUAUUUUAUUCGCUAAUAAAAGGAUACACCUGACAUUUUAAAAACACCUUUGCGCUCUUCUGUUAUUUUUUGCUCUGAUUUCGAUCGCUUUCCUGUUGCUGUUAAUAAUGGCUGCAAAUCUAAAUUUUUCAUUUGUCCAUGUCAUUUGAAAUGAAAUAUUAUGUGUUAAAUUUACUUUCGCUCUUAUUUAAAUAAGAUUCAUUAAGGCUAUGGGGACUUGUUUUGGAUGUUUCACAAAGAACAAUAUACGGAAACCAACCAAAAGAAGAAAGUUUUUCAUGAUUGGAAAAUCUCAAGAGGUACCUCAAGAUGAAGAAUUUUUGGAGCUUGAGCAAAGAGCUGAAGAAACAACUCAAACGCCCACCUAUGGUAAUGAUGGAGCUUCUGAAAAUGUCAAACCUGCUAAAUUUAAUUGCAAAAGGACAAAUUUUGGUUGGCUAAAGAAUGAAAAUGAAAUGUUUUCUGGAGCUCUGAACCAUCUUAAGAAUAUGAAGUCACCUGUUGAUUCUAUUAUGCCACUUUUAAAUAGAGAAAACUCUUAUGCUGACACUUACAGCAAUGCUGGCAGCCAAAAAUGGGAUCAAUUAAGCACUGGAGCAACUCCUGGUUCUUCUGUUGAUCUGGAAUGGGAAAAUGAAAUUGGUUUUCAUUCCUCAUCCAACUUUGGUGCUACAGAAGAGCUCCAGUGGACGGUGCUAGCAGAAAAUACUAAUAAUACUAAUAAUUCUUACAGAUCAUCACCUCUUUCAAACAGCAAUGGAUUAGAAUGGGAUGGAGAUUUCACCAGUGUUGAUGUAUCAGAAAUAAUUGCCGAAACGCAAAGGUUAACUUCAGAAUUAGAUGAUAAUGUCAUUCAGGAUAAUACAGUUAGAGAUAUAGAAAACAACUAUUGACCUUGUUUAUUGCAUGGCAUGCAUGGGAUCAUAGAUUUUUAGGCGACCUAGAGCUUAUUGUAAGCAGAGAUAUGCCAAGUGUAACUGUACAUGAACUUCCCAAUUUAUUUUAAAAAUUGCACAUGUGCCUAUUGUCUAUGGAGGGUCCAACUCCUUUCAGAUUGAUGGAUGUUUCUCUGAUAAGCAUUUUGGUUGAAGAUGUCUGCAAUGAAAUGGUAUGAAAAAUUCUAACAAGUGUAUUUUUCUACAGUUGUGGAAGAAAUGAAAUUGCUUUUUCAAAAUUCUAAUUUCAGGCAGUUUUUUGUUUCAAAAUUAUAUUGUCAAGUUAUUGUAUAAAUAACAAUUCUUAUACUUACUUGCAUAUAAUGCACUUUCUCCAGUAAAGUAUGUUAUGUCUUUGCUUAUUUUUAGCUUGUACUUUUGUUUUCAAUCUUUAAAUGAAAGUUCCCCUUUCUCCCACCAAUCCUGUCACAAUUUGCAAUAUGUAAAGUUAACAAAAAAAAAAAAAAAAAAAAAUUGAUUUGAUUUUUUUUUUCUGUUAAAGAAUGAAGCAAAUAUAAAAUAAAUUGCAGAAGUACUUAUAUUACAAAUUUUAUGAUCAUGAGAAACGAAAUUAAAGUUGUUCGACAUGAAAUAUGUUUUUAGAAUAAAAGUAAAUAUGAUUGCUUUUAAUAUAUGCUUUCGAUGUAUUAUAUUGAAAAAAAUCUAGAUAUUUCAUGGUAUAAAGGAAAUUAAUCAUAACUCUUUUUUUUUAAAGAGAUUUACAAAGAGUUAUAUAGCAUUAUAUUUUCUUGAGUUUGUGACAAGAUUGAUGAUUACUGUAACUCUCAUUUUUAGUUGCAUUUGUUGUUUAAUAUAUCUGCUGAAAAAGUUUUUGAAAAAAAUAAAUAGAUAAUUUUUUUGUUGUGUAUGUGUGCAUACUAGCUUGUGUGUGCAUCAUGAUCUGUUAUUUAUCAGGCUGAUUUAUUCAUUGAAUCUUGGCUUAAGUAACAGGUUUUUGGAUUUAGUUUAAAACUAGUCUGUUAAGACAAUGCUUUUGAUUUUUUUUUUUUUUUUUUUUUGCAAGCUUAAAAUAUGAAAACAAGUGCAAAUGUUUGAAGAACAAAUUAUAAAGAUGUCCUUUUGUCGAAAUUUCCUUUCAUUUCUGAAAUCAUUUUACAUUCUUUUUCUGAAAUAAUUUUUAAAUGUGUAUUAGAAACAAUGAGAUCAGAUUAUUUUGUAUGUGUGUGUAUCUGUAUGCAAGUAAAUAUAAUAUUUGUUAACUAAAGAAUAUGGAACUUACUGGUUUUCAUUUAUAUGAAAGAAAGAAAAUUCAUUAUAAUUACUCAAUAUUAAACAAUAUUUUUUACAAUAUAUAAAUAAUGAAAUUACAGUAGUAAUUGAUGAAAUUUUUCUUAAAUAGUGUUCCAAAGUGUUAAGAUAACAGAAAUCUGUAACUGUCUUGAAAGUUUGAUCUUCAUUACUAGUUCACUUUAAUUUAAAAAUAAUGGAAAGUUCAAGUUUUUAUUAAAAUAUUGUCAUUAUGCUUUUGUGUUCUUUGUACAAUUUUUGAAAUUUUUUUCUAGUUAUAUAUAUGUAGAGAGUAUAUCUAGAUUUUGAACUGAAGGCAGCUGAAAUUAUUUAGAAUGAUAGUAUAUUUUUCAUAAUUAUUGCAUGCAGAAAUCAGUUUCUUUUUUUUUUAAAAAUAAAUCAGCUUUUUUAUGAAUUUUCAUAAAAAAAUUUUGUAAUUGAUUUAAUUUCUAAAAUCAGGUUUUUUUUUAUAAUAGCACAUUACUUGCAUUUAUAUUUAUAACAGCAAAUUAUGGAAAGUUUUGCUGAAUGUAUAGAUACAAUUACAUAUCUUGAAUUUAUUUUUAAAGGCUGUUUUUGUAGGAACAUGCUGUGCCUGAUGAGCAUUUUUAAAACAUUUCUAAAUUAUUUCCCUUCCCCCUCUAAAAACAGCCUUCUCAAAAUACCAUAUCACUGAAUCUUCCCACAAUUUUAUAUUGCAUAUUUUCUCUGUUUGUUUAUAUACUUUUGUAAGGUUAUUUUCAGUUUCCUAAAAUAUUUAACUUCAUUUUGACUUUAAAAUUGCUGUAAGGGGGGAAAAAUUAUGAAUUUUUUCUUCAUUGCAUUCGUCAUUUGAUUAAGUAAUGAUAUUUUCUGAAUUGACCGUAAUAUGUAUUAUUUCAACUUCUUGUUUAAUGCUAAAUAAAUCUGUAUCAUAGGUUGAUUUUACAUUUUUUUUCCCCCUUGAAGAAAGGAUUUAAAUUUAUUGUAUAGUUCCAUUCUUCAGUAUUUUAGUUUGUAAAUAUAUAUUUUCUUAUUCAUUUAUUAUUUGAAAGAUAUUAAUGUUCAUUUAUUAAAAUUAAUGGUAAUAAAAUAAAUCCAGAAGAGGAUUGUGUAAAAAGCAUGGAAUUUUAUGAAAUUAAUUUACUGUUUGUUACUAAUCUUUAAAGUUUUAAAUUUGUUGUACCAAAAAGGUGAAGAACUCUGAAAGGGUGUCUAAAUUUUUUCAAUGUUACUGUAAAUAAAACACAUUUAUCAAUUGUUGAAUCUUUAUAAUAAUGAAUUAUUUCAAAGAUACUCUUUCUUUUUAAUAUUUUCCACAACUGUUAUUUAAAAGUUUAUGUAUAUGCAUUUUCUCUUGAUUGUCAGGUUUUCUUGUAUACAUUUAUGAAGAACAAAUCUGUGUUUGUAUCCAUUGUCAAUGUUCAUCUGUAACCAGUCAAGUAAAUCAAUUUGUAAAAUCUCUUCAUCCAUUUGUGCAGUGAAACCUCUACAGAUCUCUUAGUAACAUAAUAGUAAUUCAAAAAUAAAUUUAUUUAUUCUUUCUUCACCUUCCCCUUUCAAUUGUUCUUCUUUUAAUUUCACUACUUUUGCCUAAAAUUUCCCAUAAUUGAGCCAAAACUAUAAUUCUAAAGAAAUAUGUCAAAAUUGUGAAAUAAAAUUGUUUAUUUUAAUCUACUGAAUUUUAUGUUGGCAUUUUCAGCCUACUUAAAAGCAACAUGGAGGCUAAAAUAAAAUUUUAAUAUAAUAUAUAUUUUUAAUAGAUAAUUUUUUAAAAACAGUUAUACUUUUAAAAAAAUGGAAUUUCAUCAUCAUAUUAUUUCCUUGGUGAUUUUGUUUUAAUGUUGAAAAUUAUUUUUCUACUCAUUUUGCCACGUUGCUUAUUAGCUGUACUUCUAAAGAUGUGAUUUGUAUAUUUCCCACUUCUUGCCCCCCCCCUUUAAAUUACUUAGAAUUGAAACCUUCAAAGAAAUAAAUUUCAAUGAUCACAGUGUAUCUUUUUCCCCCUGUCCCCUCACACUUUUGGAAUACUUGAAUGCCUGAAAAGUUAGUUUUGAGAUCAAAGAGGUUUCACUAUCCUCCUCCCUUUAAUUGUAUUUAAGUUUGUAUUUCCUGCACUUCCUGGUGUAUAAUAACUUUAAUCUCAGUCAUCAAGAGGACUGUUCUCAUUCCUCUAUAUUUCACCCAUUUAUAUUCACCCUAAGGCUCACCCCAUUUUUUCCUUUUGUGU